CUCUACGUACACACAGGCAGGUCACCAGUCACCACACCACAGCACACUCCCCCAGAUCGGCUUCCGUUGCGAGACGGACCGCCCCCCGCUUUAUUUCCGCCACCACCGACGCCGCGCCGGCGAAGGAGCCCCUCGCCAGAUCGGAUCCCUCCGCCGCGACGCAACAUGGCGGCUCUGCUGAUGCGUAGGCUCGCCGGGACCUACCGCGGCCGCGCGCCGCUGGCCGCCGCCGCCGCCGUUGGCGGGGCCGCGCUCUUCUACGCCUCGUCGAACCCCACCGUCGCGCACAUGGAGGAGAAGGGGGAAGAUGCCGCUGCCAAAGUUGCCCUUAACCCUGAGAAAUGGUUAGAAUUCAAGCUCCAGGAGAAGGCAACAGUUAGUCAUGAUUCAGAGCUAUUCAGAUUUUCGUUUGACCCAUCUACUAAGCUGGGCCUGGAUGUUGCCUCAUGUCUCGUAACAAGGGCCCCCAUAGGUCAGGAAGUGGAGGGAAAAAGAAAAUACGUCAUUCGCCCGUACACACCUAUCUCUGACCCAGAUUCUAAAGGAUAUUUCGACCUAUUAAUCAAGGUUUAUCCUGAAGGGAAAAUGUCUCAGCAUUUUGCUAAUUUGAAGCCAGGAGAUGUUCUCGAAGUCAAAGGGCCCAUUGAAAAGCUCAGAUAUAGCCCAAAUAUGAAAAGACAAAUUGGCAUGGUUGCUGGUGGUACUGGCAUAACGCCAAUGCUGCAAGUUGUUAGGGCCAUCCUGAAAAACCCUGAUGACAACACUCAGGUUUCCUUGAUCUACGCCAAUGUGUCACCAGAUGAUAUCUUGCUGAAAAAGGAGUUAGAUAGACUUGCCAGCAGCUAUCCUAAUUUCAAGGUGUUUUAUACAGUCGAUAAACCAUCAAGUGACUGGAGGGGUGGUGUUGGCUACAUAUCAAAGGACAUGGUUUUGAAAGGUUUGCCAGGCCCAGGGGAGGAUUCUCUUAUUCUUGUUUGUGGUCCUCCUGGAAUGAUGAAUCACAUAUCUGGAAAUAAGGCAAAGGAUUAUUCACAGGGCGAGGUCACUGGCCUUCUCAAGGAUUUAGGAUACACGGCAGAUAUGGUAUACAAAUUUUGAGUCGAUCACGGAAACGUAGGGACGCUGACAUGCCCGCUGCCUGCCAUGGCAGUAAAAUAAACCGCAGCUGAACCUUUUUUUCUUGUUGCGCCACGGCAAUUAGUGCCAAACUCAGAACAGUAUGGUGCAUCUUUUUGUAAGAAUUUCGGUUCGGUUCUGUUUUGUCAUCUGUGCGCGCUGCAUGGACACCUGAAUAACCUGACGCCGCCUGGUUGGCGGUGUUGUUUUAACCGGGCCGUUCUCUCUACGAUACUGGAAUGAAUGAGGUAACAGUUUGAUACAAG